AUGGAACAUAUAUUUCUGAUUCUUCUACUCUUCAGUAAGGUAUUCUCAGCUGGAGCUCAAUUCAAUGGAUACAACUGUGACGCCAACUUCCACAGUCGCUUCCCCGCGGAGCGGGACAUCAGUGUGUACUGUGGGGUGCAGACCAUCACACUCAAGAUCAACUUCUGCCCUGUUCUCUUUUCUGGAUACACCGACACUGACCUGGCGCUCAACGGUCGCCAUGGUGAUGCCCACUGCCGGGGAUUCAUCAACAACAACACCUUCCCCACCGUUGUGCUCUUCAGCAUCAGCCUGGCAACGCUGGAGGCCUGUGGAAACGCCCUAGUGGUCUCCACCGCUCAAGGACCCAACGCCUAUGGGAACCUGUCACUGGUGCAAAUAGGAAAUAUAUCAGGGUACAUCGACACGCCGGAUCCUCCCACCAUCAUUAGCUACCUGCCGGGCCUGCUGUACAAGUUCAGCUGCAGCUACCCGCUGGAGUACCUGGUCAACAACACGCAGCUGGCCUCGUCAGCCGCGGCCAUCUCCGUGAAGGACAGCAACGGCACCUUUGUCAGCACCCUGAGUCUGCUGCUCUACAACGACUCGUCGUACGUUCAGCAGCUGUCCAUCCCCAUGGCCGGACUCACACUGAAGACAAGAGUGUUUGCAGCCGUAAAAGCCACCAACCUGGACAGGAGAUGGAACGUUCUCAUGGACUACUGUUACACCACGCCCUCUGGAAACCCAAACGACGACCUCCGCUACGACCUCUUCUUUAGCUGUGAAAAAGACCCGCAGACCACCGUGUUUGAGAACGGCAAGAGCCAGAUGGGGCGCUUCGCCUUCGAAGUGUUCCGCUUCGUGAAGCACAAGAACCAGAAAAUGUCCACCGUCUUCCUGCACUGUGUCACCAAGCUGUGUCGCGCCGACGACUGUCCCAUGCUGAUGCCGAUCUGUGGCAGCAGGAAAAGAAGAGACGUGUCAGACGUGAGAGAGUCGGCCGCUGCAUCCGGGAACGCAGUAAUCACCGCCGGCCCCAUCAUCACACGCAGCGAUGAGACGCCAACCAAUAACUCCCAACUGGCCCAGCUGAACGCGCCGGUGUUCCGGAUGAACACGGUCACCAGCGCCCUCAUCUCAGGUGUCAUCAUCCUCGGCGUCGUGAGCGUCUGCUUCUUCAUCUUCUCUCUCACCCUCCUGAAGGGCAAAAGCAGCCUGCCCAACAGCCUGUCUGGGGCCCGCAACCCAGCCUUCAACUGA